UCAUCAAAGUGAGGUCUGGUGUCCUCUCUGAUUCAGUAAGCCUUCAUGGCUGCUACUGCCCUUCAUUCUCACCGACUAGCCUGCUAUGGUUUAAACACCUCUUUCUCUCUUUAUCCCAGGAAACCCAUUUUCUCUCUCUUCCUCGCAAACCCCACAUUUUCUGUGGUGUCAACCGUGAGCUCUUAUGCUUCUUCAAAUUCUAAUGGUUUCAGUGGGAUUUCUUCUGCCUUGGACUUGACAGCUUCAAGGUCUCUUCACCUUUCCAGAGCAUCAGCUGGAGAGCUUCCCAAUGAGUUAAUUGAAGACCCAAAGUUUGUUCCUUUGAAUGCUGAUGAUCCCAGAUAUGGUCCACCAGCUUUGUUAUUGUUGGGAUUUGAACUGGAGGAAAGUUCAAAGAUAUAUCAACUUCUAGAGGAAUUGAGUGGUGACUUUUUGAAGGUUAUUUAUUUUACUGAGGACAUGAUAAAUUGUUCACUUUUGGAUGCAAUGAGCACUCAGCAGCCUAAUUUGGAAAACAUGAAGUAUGCAGAUUGCAAAAAACCUUCCUCGAAUUUGCUUUUUCUCUGGUUUAAGUGGGGAGGAGAUGAUGAUGUUCAUUGAUUCAUUUCCUGAAACUGGUAUGAUGUAAUUUUCUUUUCUUUUGAGUCACAGUUCCUUUUAUAUAUAUUAUUAAGUAGCUGUGAAACUUGGCAUGCCUUUAUGGGAAAUUCUUAUUAGACUAGAUUUUUGUUGUAUCUGUUGACUUGUGCUUUCUUUA